AUGCCCUCUGGGAAAGUCGCUGCGGGGCGGUUACCGAGUCAUACACAACUCAUUGAGUUCUUCAACAUUACUAUACCUAGCCAUCCUCAGGACAUUCCUCUCCAAUACCACGUGCCACGAUGGCCCCGUUACGAUCCCGAUGUGGUUUUCGUGCGUGACAUUGUUCUUAGCAUCACACCGACCCUUGGCGUGUAUGACAAGCUGAACCACCUGGCCAGAGGCCGACAGAAGGCUGUAUGUUUUCUCCACCGACCAUUUCAGCUGGACCGCCGCGCACUACCUAGGGGUUCACUUGUUCUGGCAAACCACAAGCGCUUCGACGAGUUGCUGACUACUGGCUACAACACGGCACUCGCAACGCGGUUGACCGUUGAUGUCGGCCGGUCAUUCUGUAUACAAGGCUACAAGGGAGAUCCAGACCGACGCAUUGGCAUCGUUGGCCCACUGGGAGCCGCCCAGCCACUCAAGGUGCUGGCAAGUACGAUUGGGGCCGAAGUCGGCAUGGCAGAGCUUUACCCAGGUAGCGAUGUCUCUCCAGUAGAGGUGCGUGCCAUGGCUAUAAUGAACGCAUUUGGCCCGGAUGAGGUGGCUCGCGUGUUAGCCGGAGCUGAGGAGCAUGGGCUGACGCCGGCCGGCGAUGCGUCGGGUCUGCUAUACCUCACCGGACAGCCCCGAGAGCUCGGUCUCGAGGCGGCAAAGGUUGCUAACAUGCCGGCCAUUUGUGUAGGGCACCGCCCAGCGGAGGAAUGGGGGAUCCGCUAUUUGGCCCAUCUAUUACGGGAGUCAUGGCCGCAAUUGGCGGUGCAUGUAGUCAUGGAGGAGGAGUCUUUGGCUACAGGCGAGUCUGAGCCAGAAAUCACUGCUGGUGCGACGGAAGUUGGCAUUGCUUCCGGGUAG